AUGGAGCAAUAUGUGAGCUUUUCCGAGCAACGCGAAGCGCUGAUGCGACGCAAGACGGAUCAGGACGAUGGAGACAAGGCCAUUGAGCGACUGUUGAUGGUGUUGGAUAACAAGAAGGACGAGGCCAUUGAGCGAACCUUCAAGAUGGUUUGCAAGUUUUUCAGUGAUGUAUUCAAGGAGCUGGUCCCCCACGGACAUGGCGAGCUGGUGAUGCAGCGGUCCAAGGGAGGCGACGCGUCGCAGGAUGGUGACGAGUCGCAGGAGACUGAUGCGUCAACGCGCAAGCGCGGCAAGCGCCCCCGCAUCAACGAGUUUAUUGGCGUGGCCAUUCGCGUCAACUUUACGGGUCGUGGCGAGGACACGCACUUUUUGCAGUCGUUGUCGGGUGGCCAAAAGUCGUUGGUGGCGCUGGCGCUCAUUUUCUCGAUCCAAAAGUGCGAUCCUGCCGCCUUUUAUCUCUUUGAUGAGAUUGACCAGGCGCUGGACCCAGCGCACCGGGCCGCGGUGGCGCGCAUGAUUUACAAGGCCUCUCGGGAAGCCCAAUACAUCACAACUACCUUUCGACCGGAACUGCUUGUCAACUGUGACAAGUGCUAUGGCGUCUCGUUUGCAGACAAGCCCGUGUUUUGGGCCUUUUUGAUCGGCCACAUUGUCGCCUCGGUGGGCAUGGCCACCGCCCUUCGAUACAUUGAGGAGGUGGAUGAGGAUGAUGAGUUUGGCAUUGGAACAAUUCAUGCCCUCUUCCUGGCAGGUCAGGCUUCGGUGGCCCUUGCUUUGGGUCUUGGACUGCUGUGCGGGCUGGGUGCACGUAGCAACAGCACCGCCCCAGCUUCCAACCCAAGCACAAGCCUCCCCGCGCUGGCACCGCUUGAUGCGAUAACCAACUCGGCGUUCAACACAUUACCACCACCACCACCAGCAGCUGAUCUCACGUCUCUUUUGGAAGCACCGUUGCCACCGGAAACCCACAUUGCCAUCAUGUACCUGGACCACGGCGUCGCCAUGCCGCUGGAGCCCGAGACCCUUGUGAACACAAAACCCAUGCUUGAGAGCCCACUUCCGCUGGCCGUUGCCAUCACAACUUUGACCCAUUCCCCACCCGAGCCAAGCUCCACUUCCAAUCAGGGCUCGGCCUUGUGGCACAAGUUGUUUGUCGUCGGUGCCGCCGCCGGCAUGUGCCAGAACCUUGGCCAACAGGGCUACUUGUUAAUGUCCAUGAGCGGCGGUGCCGUCUCCCUGCUGGGGCCGCUCAGCAGCAUGUACAAGGUGAUUCCCAUGCUCUUUGCCAUUCUGGUACUGCGUCAUUACCCCAAUCGCCAACAAGUGCUGGGCAUGUUGCUUUCCGUGGCGGCUAUUGCCUUCUUUGCCCUGGCUGACACGGGUGAAUUUGAUCUUCAAAACCCCGUGGACAUUGGCUACUUUUUCCUCUGUGUCAUGGGUUGGGGCUGUGGCAGCAGCCUUCUCCAGUGGUUCUGCAAUCUGCCCCUGCGCUUGCAACUCCUCCAAUUUACCGUCAUCGUGGCCGGUUUUGUGGCGACUGGCGCCAUUGCCGUGGCCACUGUCUACCGUGAUCUGGACCUGAGCCGCUGGUCCACCGUCCACACCCUGUCCCUUUUGGCAGGUGUUGGUGGCGCCAGUGCCAACUUGUCUUACGUAUUUAUGGCCCGAGCCGCGCGCUCCUACUCGGCCAUCGUAGCCCCCAUGGCCAGUCUCUCCAUCGUACUCACCAUCUGCGUGGGUGCCCUUUGCCUCCAUGAGCACAUUGCCCUCCUUCAAGCCAUCGGCAUGGCCGCCAUGCUUCUUGGAGUUGUUCUCAUGGGGCUGCCCAAUCGUGCCCUCCAUCUGCUCCGCCAAUUGUGGACUGGAGUUGGUCCAAAACAACCUCCCGUGGCUCCCCCCACGGCUGCUGCCGUGCCAGAAGUUAUCGUUGUGCCUCUGACUGAACUGCCACUCUCCCCUGCGCCAGUUCACUAG